CUCGAAGACAUCGAUGCCACCACUUCCCUCUUCCGCGACGCCCUUGCAUUGCGUCCGCAGCACCAUCCCGAUCAUCCCUUAUCUCCAUAUAAUCUUACCGAAGCGCUGGCUUGGCACCAUAUCAAGAAAAGUACUGCUACCGACAUCCGCGAAGCCGCCCAACUUUAUCAUGAACUACUGCCUCUCUUUCCAGAGCCCUCAACGAACUUGAUCAUCGAUGCUGCCGUGUUGAUCAAUCAGCACGACAGUAUCGAUGAUCUUGACACGAGCAUACAACUCGGUCGUAAGGCCGUGUCUCUGUGCCUCGAGGGACAUGCUAACCGCGAUACCUACCUGAACAACUUGGCCUCUUCACUCACGUCACGCUUCCAUCAUCAAGCUAUUAGCCUCUAUCGCGAGGCACUGACGUUGCACCCACUUAGGCAUCCAUGUCGUGACACCACGCUCAACAACCUUGCCGUCGCGCUCGACACUAUCGCAAAUCGCAUGUUAGUGAGGAUUCUAACGAGGCCAUUGGUUUGUAUCGCGAACCCAUUCGGUUGA